AUGGCAGGUUCGCAGCAAGGUGAGCACAUCGCAUUCGUUCAUUCGUUCUUCUACCUCCUUGGCGACUCCGGGCGCAGACGCCGAACCCUGUUGCGCUCCCUCAGUGGCGGCCAACGCAAGCAUCGAAGGGGGAGAUCCACGCAGCGAUCCGCCGGGUUGUCAUUGAACCUUCCUUCAAACAACCCAUUCCGCAAUCGCGCCGUAUCGCCCACGACCUCACACAGCCCAGCUUCUCCAUUCGACGACCCGCCUCCGCGCCCGCUCUCGCGCAACCCGUUUCUUGACCCCGCCAUCACAGGCAGAUCCAGCCUCUCUAACAUCCGAUCCGAGUCUGAAAGCAUGUCGUUGGACAAGAGACCGUCCCUCACGGCCGAGGAGAUUUUCGGUUCGUUGACGCUUGUGGAUACAUCCGACAAGCCUGCGCCGCCCCGGCCAGACGCCCCAAAACCAUCGCCGCCGCUUGACCGUCGCGCCCCACCGCCCCCUUACCGCGAGGGCCCGCCGCCGCCCAACCGGAGGGGCCCGCCGCCGAACCAUCGCCCGACUCGAUCGCAGGAAGAGGCGCUUCGCGCGCGGAGAAUGCAAGAGAAUGGUGGCCGUGGCGGUCCACCGGACCCCUCACGCUCCCCACAGCGGCGCCCCGAGAGGCGCCCUCGCCGGAACUCGGAUUCGUCAAUCCUAGAUAAUGAUAAGAUCAUGACCGAGGAAGAACGAAAGCAGCGCGACCAAAGGCGACGCGAGCGAGAGCGCGAGCGGCGUCACCGUGACAACAGGGAGAAGAAGAGCACCAAGCCCAGCCGUAGGGUCGAUAUUAUCGAUCAGUUGGACGCAACCAGCAUUUACGGUUCCGGAAUUUUCCACCACGACGGACCCUUCGACGCACUGAACCCGCACCGAAACAGACAGGGGAGCCGGCGUGCACCCAUGCAAGCCUUCCCGAAAGAUUCGCUCAACAACACGAUCGGCGGGGCUGGGCCGUUGAACGCGCGGCCGGACCAUGCCACCUUUCUGGGGCAGCAGGAUGACGAGGCUUUCAUGGAGUGGUCUCGGGGCGGCAAGGACAAGGGGAAUUAUUCGAGCUCCAAGGAGACGCCGGUCUUCGAUCCGCUCAGCCGCGGCAGCAUCCUGCACGGCGAUGAAUCGCUCGGUCUCGGCACGUCGACCUUCUUGGAGGGAACGCCGGCCGCACGGACCGCCAUCCAGAAGCGCGAGGAGGAGCGGGCUGCCGAGCUCGGGGGGGAUGGCCUGCAACGCAAGAAGUCGCUCGCUCACCGGAUUCGCAACAUGAACCGCGGCGGCCGUGAUUACCAGCCCUCCGGGCGGAUUACCAAUCCCGAGACUGGGUACGGUUCCCGGCGGUCCCCUUCGCAGGGCGGACCGGCCUCGGCUUCGCUGUCGGAGCGCAACCCGUUCUUCUCCGAGUACGGGUCGGGCAAGGGCGAGGAGGAGUUCACCGUGCACAAGAUGGACAGCAACGGAAGCAGGCCUUCGCCUGCGAGCCCCAGCGGGCCCAGCCUUGAGCGCAGGUCGACGACGGACGCUACCGGGGGUGAUGAUGCUCAACCGAAAACGGGUGGGAUCCUGGGUCGCAUGAAGAGUCUGAAGGGAAGACGCCAGCGCCCGGUUCCGGCCCCAGGUGAUGCGGACGUCCUCCCCACCCCUGGAACCGCGGUUUAG